CCUCCCCGUUUUGACAUGCAAAGCACAGCUUUUUCUGAUUUUUCUAGUUUGGGGAAGAUGAUUACAGCUAAGCCAGGGAAAACACCAAUUCAGGUAUUACACGAAUACGGCAUGAAGACCAAGAACAUCCCGGUUUAUGAAUGUGAAAGAUCCGAUGUGCAAAUACACGUGCCCACUUUCACCUUCAGAGUAACCGUUGGUGACAUAACUUGCACAGGUGAAGGUACAAGUAAGAAGCUGGCGAAACAUAGAGCUGCAGAGGCUGCCAUAAACAUUUUGAAAGCCAAUGCAAGUAUUUGCUUUGCAGUUCCUGACCCCUUAAUGCCAGACCCUUCGAAGCAACCAAAGAACCAGCUUAAUCCUAUUGGUUCACUACAGGAACUGGCUAUUCAUCAUGGCUGGAGACUUCCUGAAUAUACCCUUUCCCAGGAGGGAGGACCUGCUCAUAAGAGAGAAUAUACCACAAUUUGCAGGCUAGAGUCAUUCAUGGAAACUGGGAAAGGGGGCAUCAAAAAACAAGCCAAGAGAAAUGCUGCUGAGAAGUUUCUUGCCAAAUUCAGUAAUAUUUCUCCAGAGAACCACAUUUCUUUGACAAAUGUGGUAGGACAUUCUUUAGGAUGUACUUGGCAUUCCUUGAGGAAUUCUCCUGGUGAAAAGAUCAACUUACUGAAAAGAAGCCUUCUCAGUAUUCCAAAUACAGAUUAUAUCCAGCUGCUUAGUGAAAUCGCCAAGGAACAAGGUUUUAGUAUAACAUACUUGGAUAUAGAAGAACUGAGUGCCAAUGGACAGUAUCAGUGUCUUGCUGAACUGUCCACCAGUCCCAUCACAGUCUGCCAUGGCUCUGGGAUCUCCUGUGGCAACGCACAGAGUGAUGCAGCUCACAAUGCUUUGCAGUAUUUAAAGAUAAUAGCAGAAAGAAAGUAAACUUGGAACAGCUUGGAGAACCCUUCAGUAGCACAUAUGUUCCCCGUUUACCCCUUUCCAAGUAAAUCCUUUACUACAUUUGUGUGUUGUUUCUAAAUCUCUUAGAUUUCCAUCAACACUACAGAUUUAAUUUUCUCCUCGUAGCUGUUACCAAGCAGUUUUUAACGGCUUCACCUUUGUAUUGGUAUACUGUAUUUAUAAACUUUGUACCAUAAGCAGACUGUAGCACCCAUUUUACAAUGCCAUGUACAUCGAAGGAAAAAGCUGCAUGUUUGUUGUUGAUGAUGUUGACGAUGAUAGUGAUGAUGAACUAAAACCGCUAGCAACAGUCUUUCCUACUGGUGCUCAACCUCUUCCUUGCGAAAGGCUUUGUAAAGGGGUUUCGAAGGAAGCCCCUUAGAAUUAACAUUGAGGAACACACUUACAGGCUUUUGUUGGAUGUGAUUGUUAAACAUCAGGGAACAUGAUUGUCUGCUGUGUAUCUGAAUCCAUGUAAUAAAGAGCUAUUGUUAUAAUGGGUUCUGUUCAUUUUAUUAAAGUGCUACUGACUUGAG